AUGGCGAAUAUAAUUGAUACAUCAGUUGGUGAAUUAACUCAUCGUUUACCAACGACGAUUAUUCCAUCACAUUAUCAAUUAUAUAUAGAUGUUAGUCAACUUGAACAAUAUAUUUUUCAAGGUGUUGUUGAAAUUGACAUUCAUAUCAAUGAAAUUGUAAAUAAAAUUAUAUUGAAUAGUAUUGAUUUAAAUAUAACAAAAAUUGAAUAUCAACAAAAUGAUUCAGUUUCUUUGAUUUCCGAUGAUUCAUUUGAAUUCGAUGAAGAAUAUGAACAAGUAACAAUUAAAUUUGCUCAAUCAAUUAAUCCAGGUAAUGGUCGUCUACACAUAGAAUUUAAUGGUAUAAUAAAUGAUCAACUUCAUGGAUUUUAUCGAACGAAAGAUAACAAUCAAAUAGGUGCAUGUACACAAUUUGAACCCGGUUAUGCUCGUCGAGCUUUUCCUUGUUUUGAUGAACCAUCAUUCAAAGCAAAAUUUACCAUAAGUAUUCGAGCUCCAAAACAUCUGACUACAUUAAGCAAUAUGUCAAUUAAAUCACAACGAAAUGAUGAAGAUCAUACAUGUAUUUAUGAAUUUGAUACAACACCGAUUAUGUCAACUUAUUUGGUUGCUUAUGUUAUUGGAGCUUAUGAUUAUGUCGAAACACAUGAUUCGAAUAAUGUACAAAUUCGUGUUUAUACACCAGUUGGUAAAAAAGAAAGAGGACUAUUUGCUUUACAUACAACUGCUAAAAUUCUUCCAUUCUAUGCUGAAUAUUUUGGUAUUAAAUAUCCAUUAAGUAAAGUUGAUAUGAUUGCCAUAGCUGAUUUUGGUUCUGGUGCUAUGGAAAAUUGGGGAUUAAUAACAUUUCAUGAAACAUAUUUACUUGUCGAUAGUCAUAAUACAGCACAAGAAACAAAACAAGAAGUUGCUGUUAUUGUUGCUCAUGAAUUAGCACAUCAAUGGUUUGGAAAUUUAGUUACAAUGGAAUGGUGGAAUGACUUAUGGCUCAAUGAAGAUAAUUUUGCUACUUGGAUUCAAUUUCUUGCUGUUGAUCAUAUUUAUCCUGAAUAUGAUAUUUGGACACAAUUUCUAUCUGAUACAUUAGCCACGUGUAUGAUUCCAGACGCACUUCAUAAUAGUCAUCCAAUUGAAAUGCCUAUUAAAAAACUGUCUGAAAUUAAUGAAAUAUUUGAUGAUAUUACUUAUGAAAAAGGUUCAAGUGUUAUUCGUUUUCUUCAUGCAUAUAUUGGUGAUGAAGCAUUUCGUAAUGGUUUAGCAAAUUAUCUUGCUGAAUAUGCAUAUAAAAAUACAAUAACAGAAAAUCUUUGGUCACAUUUAUCUCAAGCAUCAAAACGACCUCAUUUAUCUGAUAUACUUUCAACAUGGACAAAACAAAUGGGUUAUCCACUUCUUAAUAUAAAACAAGAACAAAAAGGAAAUAAUCGAUUAUUAACAAUUGAACAAACACGUUUUCUAGCUGAUGGAACAAUAGAUAAUAAUUCAAAAUGGAAAAUUCCAAUAAGUAUUUGUACAAAAUCAAAUCCAAAUGAAAGUGUUCAUCAAUUAUAUAUGAAUGGAGAAAAGGAGCAAGAAUUUUUACUUGAAAAAGUAUCAGAAACAGACUGGAUUAAAUUAAAUUUAUUUAGGAACAUUCUUUUUCAUGAAUGUUGUACAGGUAUUACACGUAAUGCGAUCGGUGAUCAGCCAGAAAAUAUUUAUGAAAAAAUAGUCGAUCUUAUCACAAAUUAUAUCGAAAAACCAACGGCUAUUGUUUUGCAUGUCAUUCCGUCAUCGGAAGAUUUCACAAAUUCAGAAUCAAUGAAAAUCUGUAAAAAAUACGAUCCGAAUGGUGAUCGACAGUUGAUUGCUGUAUCAAAAAUCGAUAAAUAUGACAAGGGUAUCAGUGAUAAACUUCAAGGUAUUGGUCCAGGUUCAAUGGCUCUUAAACUGGGUUGUAUUGCUGUGCUUAAUCGCACGCCAGAACAAAUUGAAGAGGAUGUUCCGUUUUGUAAAAUGCGGCAGCUUGAACAGCAGUUUUUUCAGCUCAAUAAAACUUUCCAGCACGUACCACUGGAAUAUUUGGGCUGUGAGCAACUAAUAAAACGACUUGUUUCGAUUCAACAAGCACGUAUUCGUUCAACGCUUCCUGGCAUCUUAGAAAAGCUUAAGAAUCAAAUCAAAGACAAGAAAUCUGAAUUAAAAAACAUGCCACAAGCAAUAACAUCUGAAAUCGAGUGCUGGACAUUAUACAUCAAUUUAAUCAAGAAGUAUCGUGAUCUAAUUUAUGCACGGGUGCACGGAGUGUCCGAUAACGAUAUGCAACUGAAAAUGGAGGAACCAACUAGAGAUUCAUCUGAUUUGGAUGCUAGUCCGAGUAUUACGCAAACAACUACUGAUUCGUUCGAUGAUCGAAUCGCUUUUCAACUUCACAAGCAGCAGAAAGCAUUUGCCAAAGAGAUUAAUCAUUCUUUUUCGCAGUUCUUCACAUCAAAAUAUCGAAAUUAUGUGUUAAAACUCUUGGAAGAAAAUGCUGGAGUAGCCCUUCCUAAUUUUCCAUCGUUUAAUAUCAUUGAAAGACUUUAUCACCAUGAACAUCGGAAUUUUCGUGAACCAUGUGAAGACCUAAUUGAGUCCUGUGCAACAUAUUUAAAACAGGUACUCAUUAAACUUUUGAAUCAAAUAUUUGACAAAGAAGCAACUUAUAAGAAUCAUAUGAUACAUAAAUUGACUGACAUUAUUUAUCGUGCAUUGGAAGAAAGUGAAGAACAUUGUAAUCAUGAUAUUAGCAAAAUGCUUAAUAUUGAACAACGAAUAUUCACACUGAAUCAUUAUUACAUGGACACAGUGAACAAAAUCAAAGCCGAGGUUCAACAGUACAUCGCAAACACAAAACGUAAGUAUAAUAGUUACAGAAUAUAA